CUACAACAAUGCCACCAGCAAACGGAAAAAAGGGAAAGAAGGGAGGAGCCGCGAAGGCUGCCGCCCCAGAGGAGGAUUUCGAUGCGAUUCUCGCUGAAAUGCAGCUCGCCGACGCGAAAACUGCAGCCAAAGAGGCGACGAAAAAGGACGCGAAAGGUGGAAAAGGAAAAGCCAAUGGCUCCGCCGCCGCCACAGCAGCUCCAGAAGAAGCCAAACAAGCCUGGCAAGCCGAAAUCGCCGCAAUGAAACCAAUCGAUGAGCAAUUCCCCGAUGGAAAAUUCCCACAUGGAAUUGAUGAAUCCCCAUACUAUCUGAAGGGAAAGGAUGGUCGAGUCGCAACGGAUCGCGAGUCAAAUGAGGAGAAAAAAGCAUUGGAUAUCAGUUAUGAAGAGGUCUGGCAAGAUUAUAGACGAUCCGCUGAAGCACAUCGUCAAGUCAGAAAAUAUGUGAAAUCGUGGAUUAAGCCAGGAAUGACGAUGAUCGAGAUUUGCGAACGCCUCGAAACGACAUCCCGCCGUCUCAUCAAAGAGCAGGGAUUGGAAGCCGGACUCGCUUUUCCAACUGGAUGCUCAUUGAAUCAUUGUGCUGCUCAUUAUACACCAAAUGCUGGAGACACUACAGUUUUGCAGUAUGGAGAUGUGUGCAAAAUCGACUACGGAAUCCACGUGCGCGGUCGUCUCAUCGACUCGGCGUUCACAGUCCAUUUCGAUCCAAAAUUCGAUCCCCUAGUCGAAGCAGUCCGUGAAGCCACCAAUGCCGGAAUCAAAGAAUCCGGAAUCGACGUUCGCCUCUGUGAUGUCGGAGAAAUUGUCGAAGAAGUGAUGACGUCACACGAGGUGGAACUCGACGGAAAGUCGUAUGUGGUGAAGCCGAUUCGCAAUCUCAACGGACACUCGAUCGCCCAAUACCGUAUUCACGCCGGCAAGACCGUACCAAUUGUGAAGGGUGGUGAACAGACAAAAAUGGAGGAGAACGAGAUCUACGCAAUUGAGACAUUCGGAUCUACGGGAAAAGGAUAUGUUCAUGAUGAUAUGGAAACGUCGCAUUAUAUGAAGAAUUUCGAGCUCGCCGACGAGAAAAUUCCACUUCGCUUGCAAAAAUCGAAGGGAUUGCUCAACUUGAUCGAUAAGAAUUUCGCCACACUGGCUUUCUGUCGUCGUUGGAUUGAUCGUCUUGGAGAGACCAAGUACUUGAUGGCUCUCAAGGAUUUGUGUGAUAAGGGAAUCGUCGAUCCAUAUCCACCACUCUGUGACGUCAAAGGAUGCUACACUGCUCAAUGGGAGCACACAAUUCUGAUGCGUCCGACAGUCAAAGAGGUCGUCUCCCGUGGAGAUGAUUAUUAAUUUUUUUUGAAAAAUUUUUGUUCUUAAACAUUUUUUUCUGAAAUUUAUUUUCUUAAAAUUUUUUUUCUCCCGUUGCUUCUACUACUUUUUUUUUGACCAUGUUGUUUGUUAAUCUCCCGUUGUUAGUGUGCUUUGUGGCAUUUUUUAACUUUUGUUAAAAAAUUCCCCCCAGCCAGAAGCCCCCCCCCCCCUGAAAUGUUCUCUGUCUCUCCGAAAUCUGG